AUGAAGCUAGGCUAUCCAUCUUUUUUCCAGUUACGCCGUGAACUGGGUCGGCUGAUGUGUGAUUCGUCCGCGAAAACAGUUGCACCAAAACGACGUGUUCGCAAAUUAUCAUCUAAGAAAUUAUUCAAAUAUGCGAUAAAUAACGAAUCAACGGGUAACAGUGCUAGUAGUAGUCAGCGUGAUGACUAUGGACGCUGUGAUGUUUCAACAACCCAGGGUGGUGGACACGACGUGUUUGCAACCAGAUCAUCCGAUAUUUAUAAUGGUGUUAGUACAAAUACUGCGUCAGCUCCAGGAGCGACGAUGACAGUGGGAGCAGCGACGACAACGUCCACGAGUAAAGCGACAGUAACAGCGGCGGAAAAGCCACAAUAUCGGCGACUACUUGUUGAUAAUGGUGUUGUUAUCAUUGUCAAAAACGAUGCUUCUGAUGUAUAA